UCUCUCUCUCUUCUCUCUCUGUUUAAUAGGGUCACUCUGUUCUGGGUCGGUCUAUCACAAUUUUUAGUUGAUAAACCAAACCCACAUUGCAAUUCUGUUCCUAUAUAUACCAACAUACAUUUAUACAGCCUCCAGUAGAGAACAAAUAUACAUAUAUCUCCAAUAUUUUUACCAUAAACUGUGGUUUCUAUUCUAUGGCUCCUCUGUUUGUGCUUCUCGGACUUCUUCCUUUGGCUUUCGCCGGCCACGACUACGGACAAGCUCUUACUAAGAGCAUUCUCUACUUUGAAGCUCAGAGAUCUGGUUAUCUCCCAAGUACUCAGAGAGUGCAAUGGAGGAGUAAUUCUGGUCUGGACGACGGAAAGGCUAACGGGGUGGAUCUGGUUGGAGGGUACUACGAUGCAGGGGACAAUGUGAAGUUUGGGCUGCCAAUGGCAUUCACAAUAACAAUGAUGUCAUGGAGUGUAGUAGAGUAUGGCACUCAAAUUUCUGGGAGUGGAGAGCUUGGCCAUGCCAUGGAUGCUAUUAAAUGGGGCACUGAUUAUCUCAUCAAAGCCCACACCGAACCCAAUGUCCUCUAUGGAGAGGUGGGAGAUGGGGACACGGACCACUACUGCUGGCAAAGGCCAGAAGACAUGACGACGUCGCGGCAGGCUUACAGAAUCGACGCCAACCACCCAGGGUCCGACCUUGCCGGAGAGACCGCCGCUGCCAUGGCCGCCGCCUCCAUCGUCUUCUCUCACUCCAACCCUUCCUAUGCUAAUGAGCUCCUCACCCAUGCCCAACAGCUUUUUGAGUUUGCGGACAAAUACAGGGGCAAAUACGACAGCAGCAUCACUGUGGCUCAGAAGUACUACCAAUCUGUCAGCGGAUACUUCGAUGAGUUGCUGUGGGCUGCUGUGUGGUUGUACAAGGCCACAAACAACCAGUACUACUUGAGCUACCUCGGCAAGAACGGCGACGCGUUCGGUGGAACCGGGUGGGACAUGACCGAGUUCAGUUGGGACGUCAAGUAUGCCGGUGUUCAGACUCUUGUUGCCAAGUUGCUAAUGGGAGGGAAAGCUGGACAGUAUACACCAGUGUUUGAAAGAUACCAAGAAAAAGCGGAGUCUUUCAUGUGUUCGUGUCUUGGAAAGGGAAGCCAGAGCGUCCAGAAGACCCCGGGAGGCCUCAUUUUCCGCCAGAGCUGGAACAACUUGCAGUUUGUGACCAGCUCUUCUUUCCUCCUCGCUGUCUAUUCCGACUACCUCACCUCGGCUGGGAAAAACCUGAACUGUGCUUCUGGCAGUGUCCCCGCGUCCGAGCUUCUUUCACUUGCAAAGUCUCAGGUGGACUAUAUACUUGGGGACAACCCAAGAGCUACGAGUUACAUGGUGGGCUACGGAACCAACUACCCACAACAGGUUCACCACAGAGGUUCCUCAAUUAUCUCCAUUAAAGUUGACUCCUCGUUCGUUACUUGCCGAGGAGGGUAUGCCACUUGGUAUGCAAGCAAGUCAAGCGAUCCGAAUCUCCUAACCGGUGCCAUUGUUGGUGGCCCUGAUGCUUACGACAAUUUCGCUGACGAAAGAGAGAAUUAUGAGCAAACGGAGCCAGCUACUUACAACAACGCUCCUCUCCUCGGCCUUCUGGCUAGACUAAAUGGUGGCCGUAGCGGCUAUAACCAGCUCCUUCCAGUGGCCAUUGCAGUCCCCAAAAGCAGACCGAACACAGCUCCGGUAACCAAAACAACUCCAGCUCAAGGUUCAUCUUCCGCCCCCAUUGCCAUUGAACAGAAGACGACAACUUCAUGGAACUACAAGGGAAACACAUACAACAGAUAUUCCACAAUCGUAACAAACAAGUCAGACAAGUCUCUAACGGAUCUCAAUCUCUCGAUAUCAAAACUAUAUGGCCCUCUGUGGGGCCUAACAAAGUCUGGUGGUUCAUAUUCUUUCCCGUCGUGGCUCAAUUCCUUACCAGCUGGAAAGAGCCUCGAGUUUGUUUACAUAUCCGCCUCUCAAGCGGAUGUUUCAGUCUCAAGUUACACUUUGGUUUGAGGAAAGAAGAGGAAAUUCACACGGGUUUUACAGGGCGUUGUGAUUUCUAAGUUUGUGCAGCUAUAGAAGAUGAAGUCCAGAAUGGUCUUUUCUUUUUAGUUGUAAGUAUAGAUAAAUUGUUGAAUUUGAAUGAGUAGGUUUUUAAGGCUUACUGCGCGAUUGAUACGGAAGAAGAAAGGAGUGAAGAGACUAUCAUAUAGGUGCGCUCAUCCUCUUUUUUCUUCACUUCAUUCAUUAGUUGGACAGAUUUGGGAGAGAAACUGAAAGAGUGUUAGGAAGUGAAGAGAAAUCUCUUCCUGACAAAAUUCAGAGUCUGUGUUUUUUGACACUCUGAAAUCAGUUUUCCGAGCAUUUUUCGGGUUUUUUCUUUUCCUCUUUCGGGUUGUGAUCUUUGUAAUCUAUGCAACAUUUCAUAUAUGCAGUACAUAAUAGAUUCUGCAAUGACAAUGUUUGCCUCUUUUGCUUUUUCGUCU